UCUAAUCUAACAUUAAUGCUUGCCGGUUUAUUUAGUUGCACUCGUUGAAACUGUUGAAAGGUUGAUCAAUUGAAAAGUAGAGAAAGUUAAGGUUUGAGCAGCACGAACGAACGUUACGAAGAGGAAACUAUCCGACAGAGUUAUUCCACCAUGACAGAGUCACAUAUGAGUGCACUGCAAUGGUACGCUAAGGGUUACGAAGAGUCUAGGAAAGGCAAUUUGUCAGAAGCAUUAAGUCACUACACAAACGCACUGAAACUAGAAGAGAACAAAACAUACAAAGGAAUGUACUACAGAAAUCGAGCUGGUAUUUAUUUACAGCUGAGCGAUUACGAGAAAGUUAUUGAUGACUGCAAUAGUGCGUUAAAGAUAUGCUGUAACAAAGCAUUGUAUCGAAGAUGUAAAGCACUAGAAGCGUUAGGAAGAUUCGAGGAGGCAUAUCAGGAUGCAGAGAUUAUUAUUUCAUUAAAUCCUAAUAACGAAGAUUUUCAACGCGUAGUGGAGCACUUACGUGAAAUUGUACAAGAACGUCGUAAGGAAAAGUCACAUAUUAGUGCCAAGGUAUCAGAAAUGCUGGAUCUAGCAUUUGACGUGAACGCAAAUGAAAAGGAACGUGAAAUCGCUAUGAAUGAUUUGCUUGUGCUCGCACGUGACGAAACUGGUGCCGCGGAAAUCUUCAAAAAGGAAGGUGUAUCAAAAAUCGCACAACUUGUGAAAGUGGAAAAGAACGAGGAAGUGAUCUGUAGCGCGAUUCGUAUUGUAGGCGUGUUAUGCGAAAAAAAUCUUACUCGAACCGAGUCCGUUAUGAAAUACGUUGGUUUGCCUUGGUGUCUGGAAAUGAUAAAUAGCACGUCUAUAAAGAGAGUUAACGCGUCUCAAUAUUGUUUACAGAAUAUAUUGAACACUUACAUCGACAUGAAUAAUAAACCCGAUUCAAAUCCCAAUGAGGAUUUGUGCGAGGCGCAAAGGGAAAUAGACACGAUUAUGUUGUGCUUGUCGUACAGUAUAACGAGUAGGACGUUAAAAGGCCUUGCUAGAGACGCAAUAAUAAAACUUAUUAUGAGUAAUAUUCAUUGUGUAACUACGUUAGGUUGGGCCAACCGAUUUAUCGAACUUCGCGGUGUGCAAAGAUUGAUGGAGGUAGCCAGUGAAAUGGAGGAAUACUAUUCUGAAUCUUUGCUGGACAUCACAUCUUCCACGCAAACUAUAAUCAGUGCGUGCUUAGCAAAAAUAUAUGAAAACGUGUACUAUGAUGAUAAGAAAACAUUUAUCAACGCCGUUGAUGAAUUUAUUGAAGAUAAAUUGCAUUCGCCAGACAUAGAAUCUAAAGUACGUGUAGUAGUUGCGAUAACAGUUUUAUUAUUGGGCCCAUUGGAGGUUGGAAACACAGUUGUGGCUAAAGGAGGGAUUUUAGAAAUGAUCCUCGUUAUGGCAGGAACGGAUGAUGUAUUGCAACAGAAAGUAGCUCUCGAAUGUAUCGUUGCCGCUAUGACCAAAAAAGACAAAGCCCGCGCGAUUGUAAAUCAGGGUGUAGAUGUAUUGAAAAAGCUAUGUCAAUCCAAGGAUGAUUUAGUUCGGGUUCGAGCGUUAGUGCGAUUUUGCGAGAUGGGUAGUUCCGGAGACUCAGACGUGACUAUCAGACCGUUCGCGGAUGGAGCGGCCAAGAAAUUGGCUGAGGCUUGCAGACGAUUGUUGACUAAUCCAAAGAAAGAAAAGAAUAUGAAAGAGUGGGCCGUAAAAGGUCUGUCGUAUCUCACUUUCAAUGCUAAAGUCAAAGAGGAGUUGAUCGAGGAUCUAGAAGCCAUUUUUACGAUGAUCGAGAUUGCCGAGACUGCUGAUCAGUCUGUUCUCUUCGGCAUGCUUACGACGUUGGUGAACUUGUGCAACGCUUAUGACGAGCAAGAACCCAAGAUGAUAGAAUUGACAAAGUUUGUCAAAUAUCAUUUUCCCGAGGAAUCUGAACUGGAUGACGACAACUUCGAAGAAAGAUUGUGCGCAUUAGCAAAGGCCGGUGUGAUCAGCGAUCUGGUGGACGUCGCCAAAACGGACAAUCAGAACUGCAAGGAAUUGAUAGCGCGCGUUUUCAACGCGAUAUGCAGUGAACAGACAUUGAGAGAAAUGGUUGUUGAUGAAGGCGGCACGGAGGCAUUGUUGUCGUUGGCGCUGGAUGGCACAGUCAAGGGAAAGAAGCAGGCUUCGCUAGCCCUGGUCUGUUUGGCACUCACGAAAUGUCCCGAGGUUAUAUUUCCUGGUCAAUUAAUCACGAAGGUUGUUCAACCGAUCGUAAAUCUUCUGAACCCGGAGUGUUCCGUUAAUGAGAAUUGCCAGUCUCUAACAGCUUUGUGCAAUCUAGCUGACGUCAACGACAGCAUGCGAGAAUAUAUAUUCAAAGAAGGAGUAUUUCAGAAAAUUGAAGCUUUUGUGUACGAGGGAGACUAUCUUUUGAAAUUGGCAUCUGCAAAUCUUAUAAACAUUUUGAUAUUAAGCCGUGAAGUCGCUAUCCAGUGUUUCGAGCAGGAUAAUUCUCGAGUUGAUUAUCUUAUGUUAUUGUACAAGGACGAGAAUCAAGAUAUUAAGUUCGCAGCAGCAGCAGCUCUAGUGAAGCUGACGGUGGCCAACAAAGACGCUUGUAAGAAAGUUUUUGACUCGAAUUUCUGGCUGGAAUUCCUACGCUUUUUACUCACUAAUCCAAGCAGUAAAAUACAGGAAAUGGGUAUUAUAUUUGUGCUAAGUAUGAUAAGAAGUAUGGAAGACGUUGCUGCAAAACUCAUCGAAACAGACAUAAUGGAACUACUGAAGGCAUUAAACAAGAACAAUACCGUGCAAAACAAGAAUAUCAAGGAAUUGACAUCCAUUGCUUUAGAGGCUGUUGCUGAACGAUCUAGUAAAGAAGCACUCGUCAUAAUAAGAUGGGAACGUGAUACAGCAUGUCGAUUAGGACAAUUAGACCUUCUAAAUCGUUUGGAAAAGAAGUUAUGGGUAUAUGAACAUACUAAAAAUGUACCCUUAAACAUAUACUCAGAAUUCGGAAGGAUACUAACAGGACGAUGAUGUCUUUGUUGAAAGAUGACAAAAUAUUUGAGAUCUAUAUGUCCUAUAUAUUCCUUAUAUGUCAAAUAAAGUGUUUUAAAUAAUAAAAUAAAUGUUGCAUUUAAA